UUUUUUUUUCUUUUCUCUUUUUUUUCUUUUUGUCCCUCGUUGCGACCCCUGACCCUGAAAUCGGGUCGUCAUUCAUCUCCGCUUUCCACCCUCUCCAACCCAAGAUUCUGCUUCCGACAUCAUAAUUUUUCGUCUGGCAAUAGCGGGAAAGGGCAAUUCCUCAACAUUGCCAUCCAGUUGGAACUGGUCGUCCAAUCCGAGACGGGUGUGAAAUAGCAUAAGAAACAGCACCCAAAUCAUUUUAGCUGUCACCAAAUACCGAAACAGCACAAUGUCUUCUUCACAGAGCGGCUCGCUUCACAACUUCAUGUUGACCCCGCAGCAACAGAGUCUGCUCUUCGCUGCACUCAACGCCAAUCGCGCUAACGCGUCGCCAAACACGGGCUUGACAAUGUCGCCUAAUUCGUUCACGCAGUCUCCAGUUGGCAACUCGGAUCAGAAUACAAUUCAAGAGAGCCCCUUUCUAGACUAUGACUUCUCUUUUGAUGGUGCAGAUACAUCGUUCGACUCACUUUUCGACAACAGCACCACUACCGCUAAGAUGAUUGGUGACCUGCCAGGCACAAAUGAAAAGACAGAAUCGGUUGGCUCAAACUCGGAUGGAACAGACACUCCCGAGAAAAGGAGCCACCCACAGGACGACGACGACGAUGCGGAGAAAGACCCGAAGCGUCGCGAGGGUGGUGAGAAGGUGCCCAAGAAGCCCGGUCGGAAGCCUCUUACCUCCGAGCCGACCUCGAAGCGCAAAGCGCAAAACAGGGCAGCCCAGCGCGCGUUCAGAGAACGUAAAGAAAAGCAUGUCAAAGACCUGGAACUCAAGGUUGAGGAGCUAGAGGAAAUCUCCAAGGCUGCCAAUGACGAAAACAGCAGUCUGAAGGCCGAGGUCGCGCGCCUGAGUACCGAGCUGAAGGAGUACAAGAAGCGUCUCUCCCUACAGACCAACAGUCGCCCGCAACCAAGACAGCAAACUUUUGGAAGCCCCAUGGUUCAUAACCUUCCCGACGUCAACUUCCACUUCGAGUUUCCCAAGUUCGGAGCUUUGCCUGGCCCUCCUGCGUCCAACGUGGCGGGUAGUACGCCCUCGGCGAGGGGCCUGUCGCAGACACCUUCCUUCACCAGUAGCCCUAGCCAGCAAGGAAGCCCUGACGACGGCAGCAAGGAUAAGGCAACGCCGUCAUCGUCAUACUCAGUUGGCCUAGACAGUCAGACUAAGGACGAUAUUGCUAAAUUCUCGGGCAUCUUCAGCCCUCCUCUGACCAACACAAAUGUUGCCAACGCAUCGAGGGGUAGCAUGGACUCUCAAAGCGGCCCCGGGCUCUCGAACACUAGUUCCCCUUCGGCAUCUACGGGCUCUCAUGCUGGCCCAAGCUCUUCAUGUGGCACAUCCCCAGAGCCAUUCACACAAUCUCCCAUGGGUUUCAAGCCGAUAGACACCCUGACAACAAUUGGGGAGGAGAACGCGAAUGUGCAGACAACGGAUCAGGGACUUGGUGGUCAAGGUCUAGGCCACUUCUCGACGACGAAUCUCAACGACAUUGACUGGCUUUCCCAGGCAAAUAACUUCCAGUUUGACCCCCAGCUUUUCGGCGACUACAGAGAGCCCCAGCAGAACAUCGUCAGCAACGGUGGUCUCGGUGGUGACUUCUUCAACGACGCAUGGGAUAUGGAUUUUGUUACACCAUUCAAUGUGGCACCUAGCCCAGUAGCUCCCAAGAAGGACCUCAUUGCCCAAAUUGACGCUGCCAAGGAGGAUGACGCGGUUGACGGCAAGGGAGAGCUAUUGACUUGCAAUAAGAUUUGGGAACAACUGCAAAACUGCCCCAAGGUUCAGAACGGCGACUUUGAUCUUGACGGCCUGUGCUCCGAACUUCAGAAGAAGGCCAAAUGUUCUGGCUAUGGUGCUGUCGUGGACCAGAAUGAUUUCCAGAGCGCCAUGAAGAAGUACCUGGGCAAGAAUGCAGAGGGAUGCAUCCAACCUGCUGGUGCCGCGAAGUCGAGCUAGUCUCGCUGUUCGCAGGCACCGAGGACAGUUCCAUCUACGAUUUCUUGGGGCGCUUUUGGUUAUGAUGUGAUGCUUCGAAUUACCCUGGGCCAUGGUGGGAUUUGGUUCUGAGGAAUCACACCUGGAGUAUUGCGAUUAAACGGAGUUCAGUGGGUCGGUGUUAUUGGAAGGAAAACCAUGGCCGUACUAAUCGGUCCGUCAGGAGCACAGACUGAAGGAUUGGUGGUUUUCAUCUUGUUGUUUUAUCUAUCGUCUGGGGAAACCCGUAUAUUCUCUCUGCUUUCUGUUUGUCUUUGGGAUACUUUAGUGUGUCUGGCUACUAUUUCUGACAUUACCAAACGCUUCUUGGUCACUUUGGCUCGGAUGUGAUUUGGAAAGAGAGCGAUCGAAGUCUGUAAAAGGUUCUCGGCCUGAUUCUCUCGGUGUACAAGUCAAUUUUUACGCAAAUAGGAUUCUUUCAUGGAAUAUGUAACACAUGUUUACUUUCAAAUACAGUUAUGGGUUAAUC